AUGACCCCUCCACCAAGUGGCAGUGGCGGGAACGGCCCCGUCGUUUGUGUCUUCUGCGGUGCGAAACCUGGCGAGAGUCCCGCCCACCUCGCCGCCGCCCGCUCUCUCGCUCAAGCCUUUCACGCCAACAACAUCAGCCUGGUCUAUGGCGGCGGGACGGUCGGCGUGAUGGGCGAACUGGCCAAAACCCUCGUCUCCCUAUCAGGACCCUCUUCCGUUCACGGCAUUAUCCCCGAAGCUCUCCUCAAAUACGAACGCAAAGGCCGCGAGAACGGAGAUGCCGAUACGCCCGACAAGAUCAUCGAUGAGAAUGUCUACGGCCGGACGACAGUGGUCAAGGACAUGCAUCAACGCAAACAGAUGAUGGCCAGGGAGGUCAUGCACUCGGGAGUAGGAGGAGGCUUUGUUGCGCUAUCGGGGGGAUAUGGAACGUUGGAGGAACUCAUGGAGGUGGUCACCUGGAACCAGCUGGGAAUACAUGCACGAGGAAUCGUUAUUUAUAACGUCGAAGGCUACUGGGACGGUCUCUUGCAAUGGAUCACCAAGUCGAUUGAGCAAGGCUUCGUCGCUCAGACGAAUGCCAAUAUCAUGGUGGAAGCUACGACGAGCGAGGAUGUCGUAAAACGACUACGAGAUUAUAGAAAUGCUGAAGGGCGGUUCAACUUGAACUGGGGCGAGGAGUAAAAAGUACUAGAUCGAGAACGAAGCCAGUGCUCACUAGAGAGAUGGAAGGAGAGCAUUGCGAGGGAUAGAGAAUCAGAACCCGACGAGACUACAUGCAACAGCAGCAGUAUUGGACGAAUGAGGAACAAAAGCACUAGUAACUUGGGUCUUGUCUCGCUAUGG